CUCUGACGGCGGCGGCGGGCCGGGGGAAGAUGGACGUGUGUGGCUUCCUGCUGGAGCAGGUGGCCAUGGUGCAGCAGGUCAACCGCAGGGGGGUCUCACCUCUCUUCUGUGCUGUCAGGCAGGGACACUGGCAGGUGAGGAACAUACACUGCUGGACAGAGAUCAUAUUGCCUCAAACUACAAUUACACAUCAAAGUAACCAUGAUGAUUUACCUUGAGGAAGUAGAGUUUAAGUCUGUGUGUGUGUCAGGUUGCAGAGCUGCUGCUGCAGCAUGGUGCUGAUGUGAACAUCAGUGACAAACAGGGACGAACACUACUCAUGGUGGCGGCGUGCGAGGGCCACCUGAGCACGGCCGACUUUCUGCUGUCAAAGGGUAAGUUACCGCGAUGCUACGCUAGAUAACGUCUGUGUCAGUGGAGGCUGCUGAGAGGAGGACAGCUCAUAAUAAUCGCUGGAAUAAAAGCAAAUGGAAUGGCAUCAAACACAUGGAAACCAUGUGUUUGAUGUAUUUGAUACCGCCUAUUCCGCUCCAGCCAUUACCAGGAGCCCGUUCUCCCCAAUUAAGGUGCCACCAACCUCCUGUGGUCUGUGUCCCAAAUGGCACCCUACUUUUUACCAGGGCUCAUAAGACUCUCAAAAGUAGUGCACUAUAUAGGAAAUAGGGUGCCAUCUGAGAUGCAGACCGUGUCAGCGAUCUGAAUACAAACCAUGCAGUCUGCUCUUUUUUUAAAAGUCAAAUGAAAUUCAAAUUCAGAGCAUCCAAAUAUCAAUAACCACAUAUCACACUUAGUUUUAUAUCAAAUGUUUUGUUGAGUGAAGUUAUAUGCUGUGGUUUUGAGAAAUAUGAUGUUGAAUAUUCGGUCUCUCCCAGGUGCGUUGUUGACGUCGAUGGACAAGGAAGGGUUAACGCCCCUGAGCUGGGCGUGUUUGAAAGGACAUAAGAACGUUGUGCAGUUUCUGGUGGAGAAGGGUGCAGUCAUAGACCACACGGACAAGAAUGGACGGACGCCGCUGGACCUGGCCGCCUUCUACGGAGACGCGGCAAUCGUGAGUAGUAGAGAGAGAUGGAUGGACGGACAGAUAGACAGAGACAGUCAUUGAGCUUAGUCUAAAUCUGUCUCACUAGGCCUGCCCAUUAGUUAGGCUCAACACAAGUCCUCUGUGUCUCCUUAUGGGACGCACACUGCUGAGAAUUACCAAAGAUUUAUGGGAGAGUUAAGAGUGUGUGUUCUGACUAAAGAAGAGAGUGUGUGGUUUGACUGUGUUGUUCCUGGUGUGUAGGUCCAUUACCUGGUGGAGAGAGGAGCGGUGAUAGAGCAUGUGGACUACAGUGGCAUGAGGCCGUUGGACCGGGCCAUCGGGUGUCGGAACACGUCAGUAGUGGUGACCCUGCUGAAGAAGGGGGCUAAACUGGGUAAGAAACUAAGAACUCUAACUAUGAUACAAAUGGUCCGUGUCUGUUUGCUGCAAAUAAUGUUCAUUCAGUUAAUGUGUCCACUUUCGUCUGAGUAUUCCAACCACAGGACGUUCUUUUGGUUGCUUUACGAUGUUAGUAAUGAGACUUGUGCUUCCAGCUGAGUGUCUGUAAUUCUACUAAAUAAGAUGAGGCUAAUGCCAUGGAAUCAGGUGACAAACUCCUGGUUUCAUUGAUGGUCACUGCUAAAUUCAAGGCAAUGACACUGAACCAAUUUCUACCAGCAUUCACCUAGUGUGGGUAGUGUCUCUCUCUCUUUCUGUCUCUCUCUCCCCCUCUCUCGCAACGCGCUCUCUCUUUCUUUUCUCCCCGGGGUGUGCCGGCAGGCUAAUUUGAGAAUGUGACUUAUCACCUAAAUGACAUUCACUGAGGUAUCUAGGCCUGGAGCUUAUCUGCCUCAUUUUACAUCUGCAGUGCAGGCCAGCCAGGCGCACCCCUCCCAGAAUUAGCUAAUGGCCAAUAUCUUCAACCCACUCCCCUUGCUCUGGUAGCAAUGUAGCCUGCUCCUAGCACACAAUGCUAUCAGUCUUUAUGAUCUGAAUGACCAUUACGACCAGCAAAUCACCAUUUUGUUUCAUUAGGAUUCAUAUCAAUGCAAUUGUAGGUACAGUAUAUCCACUGACAGACCCGCUCUAUAUUAUCAGUGCAGGAAUCCUUAAUGGUGAAACAGCCACAUCCAUUUGCGAUAUUAACACAACAAAGAAGUUACUGUAAACAACAAACACUGUUUUUUCCCUCAGACAUCAUUCCACGCGCGAUAGAACGGCAGAAUAUGUACUGCAAUUUUCUUUCGCGCGACACGCCUCACCUCCACUUCGGCAACUGUGAAUUCCAUCUUUAAUCUGGGAAAGGUCCAAAAUGAAUAAAUCACAUUUUAUAGUUGUAGCAGUUUCAAAUUCUCCUCUGCUUUCCUGAAUGCUUUUAUCUUUUUGCAUGAUUCCUUCCUUCCUUCAAUCUCUCAUCCUUUUUCCUUCUUCUUGACUGCAUUCAAUGUAACCCUAAGGGUGCAGAACGUCGCCUUAUGAUCGAUCAGGUACAAUCUUUAGGUAACUUUACCUUGUUACCAAUUUCCUAGUGAAUAUAGUCCGUGGAUUGGGGAGCGACAGUGGUGUAACUCUACUUUCUCUGUGUCUUUGUGGACCAACAGGGAAUGCAGCCUGGGCUAUGGCCACAUCCAAGCCUGAUAUCCUCAUCAUUCUCCUGCAGAAGCUUAUGGAGGAGGGCAACCUGCAUUACAAGGUAUGGAAAAGAGAUCAAGUCAACAUUACACUGUUAAAAGGAUACUUCGGGAUUUUGGCAAUGAGGCCCUUUAUUUACUAUACUGUGCCGUUUGUAGGAAGUUGCUAACUAGCGCUAGCGUAAUUGCUAACCAGCGUUAGCAUAAUGACUGGAAGUCUAUGGUAUCUGCUAGCAUGCUAGCAGAUACCCAUAUACUUCCUGUCAUUGCGCUAACGCUAGUUAGCAUUGGCUCAUGAAACUACCUCCAACUUACUUCAUACUUGACACAGAGACAUAAAAAUGGUAUCCACAAGUUCAUCUGACUCUGGGGAAGUAGAUAAAGGGCUCAUUGCCAAAUCCCGAAGUAUCCCUUUAAGCCUGAACUUUAUGGUUCUAAACAAGGACAUUAUACUGUAUAAUGUUUAUGUACAGUCAAGUGUGUUCUGAGUGAAUGGAAUAUUUGAUAUUUUAUGAUGGGCUACAUUUAAACAAGACUGACGCAAGUACUAUAAUUAUGCCUUGAUGAUGUCACUGAAUUGAUCAGCCAUCAAAAGUGAGUACGGGGUAUACACAUACACCACCAGACGUUUAUCUAGUUUAAAGUCCUGUGUAGCUCGUCAUAAGCAUGGCGUUUGAACGCCAGGGUUUGGGUCGAGCCAGAAAUGAUUAUAAAAGGAAGUCGCUCUGAAAGACGUCGCUAAAUGACUAAUGUAGUUGUAAUGUAAUGUAAGAGUGUUUGUAUACAUCUUAGCCACUGUAUAAAAAGGACGUCUCAGCCCUAUUGGUAAGAUAAACAAAUGACUGUAUAUUUUGAGCAGCUCAAUGCGACGCAGCAGAGAUGAAUGGGUGCUGUGCCAGUGCCACGCUCACCUUCUGAUCCAUGAUUGAGCCGUGACAUUUAAUAGAUUGAGUUUUAUGGCAGAAAAGGACAAUCCGCUCAGGUGGAACCUGUGUGUGAUUGAUGAGAGAGAGAGAGGGAGUGUGUGAGCUGCUGCCGCGCGGCUGUUGGGUUGGGGGAGUAUCUGACGACCAUCCUUCCCUCCCUCUCUCGAGUCCUCUUUCUCUUUCCUUCCCCCCUCUCUCGCGUCCUCUUUCUCUUUCUUCCUCCCUCUCUCGCGUCCUCUUUCUCUUUCCUUCCCUCCCUCUCUCGCGUCCUCUUUCUCUUUCCUUCCCUCCCUCUCUCGCUCUCCUUCCUUACCUGUCUCGUUCUCCUUAAUUUCCCUCUCCCUCCAGAAGGGGAAAAUGAAAGAGGCAGCCCAGAGGUACCAGUAUGCUCUGAGGAAGUUCCCCAGGGAAGGGUUCGGCGAUGACCUGAAGGCCUUCAAAGAGCUGAGGGUGUCUCUGUACCUCAACCUCUCCCGCUGUCGAAGGAAAACCAACGUAAGAUUCCCCACGUCUAUCCUCCUCCUCUCCUUUUCUCCUCUAGUGCUGUAUUUACUGGGUCAUUGGUUCCCUAAGGUCUCCGUUAAAAAGACAUACAGUGCAUUAGGAAAGUAUUCAGAUCCCUUUACUUUUUCCACUUUGUUACAUUACAGCCUUGUUCUAAAAUUGAUGAAAUAAAUGUUUUCCCUCAUCAAUCUACACACAAUACCCCAUAAUGACAAAGCGAAAACAGGUUUUUAUAGAUUUUUGCAAAUGUAUAAAAACUAAAAACAGAAAUACCUUAUUUACAUAAGUAUUCAGACCCUUUGCUAUGACACUCGAAAUUGAGCUCAGGUGCAUCCUGUUUCCAUUGAUCAUCCUUGAGAUAAUUCUACAACUUGAUUGGAGUCCAGCUGUGGUAAAUUAAAUUCAUUGGACAUCAUUUGGAAAGGCACACACCUGUCUAUAUAGGGUCCCACAGUUGACAGUGCAUGUCAGAGCAAAAACCAUGUCAUGAGGUCGAAGGAAUUGUCUGUAGAGCUCCGAGACAGGAUUGUGUCGAGUUACAGAUAUGGGGAAGGGUACCAAAAAAUGUCUGCAGCAUCGAAGGUCCCAAAGAACACAGUGGCCUCCAUCAUUCUUAAAUGGAAGAAGUUUGGAACCACCAAGACUCUUCCUAGAGUUGGCCGCCCGGCCAAACUGAGCAAUCGGAGGAGAAGGGCCUUGGUCAGGGAUGUGACCAAGAACCCGAUCUUCCAGAAGGACAACCAUCUCUGCAGCAAUCCACCAAUCAGGCCUUUAUGGUAGGGUGGCCAGACAGAAGCCACUCUUCAGUAAAAGGCGCGUGACAGCCCGCUUCGAGUUUGCCAAAAGGCACCUAAAGACUCUCAGACCAUGAGAAACAAGAUUCUCUGGUCUGAUGAAACCAAGAUUGAACUCUUUGGCCUGAAUGCCAACCGUCAAGUCUGGAGGAAACCUGGCACCAUCCCUACGGUGAAGCAUGGUGGUGGCAGCAGGGACUGGGAGACUAGUCAGAAUAGAGGGAAAGAUGAACGGAGCAAAGUACAGAGAGAUCCUUAAUGAAAACCUGCUCCAGAACGCUCAGGACCUCAGACUGGGGCGAAGGUUCACCUUCCAACAGGACAACGACCCUAAGCACACAGCCAAGACAACGCAGGAGUGGCUUCGGGACAAGUCUCUGAAUGUCCUUGAGUGGACCAGCCAGAGCCCGAACCUGAACCCUAUCGAACAUCUCUGGAGAGACCUGAAAAUAGCUGUGCAGCGAUACUCCCCAUCCAACCUGACAGAGCUUGAGAGGAUCUGCAGAGAAGAAUGGGAGAAACUCCCCAAAUACAGGUGUGCCAAGCUUGUAGUGUCAUACCCAAGAAGACUUGAGGCUUUAAUCGCUGCCAAAGGUGCUUCAACAAAGUACUGAGUAAAGGAUCACAUUUAUUUUAUAUAUAAUUCUAAAAAACUGUUUUUGCUUUGUCAUUAUGAGGUAUUGUGUAUAGAUUGAUGAGGGGAAAAAACAAUAUAAUCCAUUUUAGAAUAAGGCUGUAACAUAACAAAAUGUGGAAAAAGUCAAGGGGUCUGACUACUUUCCAAAUGCACUGUAAUAUGUGAUCAGGCCAUAUAUGACACUAGAAGGGGACAUUGGAAGAUCUUUAAGUCUAAGAAACUGUUGUUGUACUGUGUAUUUCUGAAUGUAUCUCAAAGAUACACGCACCAGAAGUAUGGCUGCUGUUAGGGAGUAGUAGACAGCGCUUUAAAAGCCCCAUGAUACAAUUUCAAGCCAAUUCGUGUUCCAGAUCGAUGAAACGUGCCAUAAACUAACACAAUGCUCUUAGGAACAGAAUGAAUGCAAUAAAUAAUACUAUCUACUACCCGUACAAAAUUAUAGCUAUUAAGCUGUCCAGUUGAGUGAGUUUGAUUGAGCCAUUCAGGGCUAAAUUAUAAUCUGUGCAGAAGUCCACAAGCGAUAGUAUGCUUGUAGUCAUUAGUGGAGCUAAUGUCAGCUUGCUGCCAUAAACAAUCAGGGAGAUAGAUGCAGAGAGAGAGAGAGCUGGUCCCCUGGACAAUGUGUAUUUCCAUUUCCCUGCAUUGGUUAAUCAUAUUGAUCCUUCACUCCCCUCACAACAGGACUUUGGCUUGGCAGAGGAGUUUGCAACAAAGGCCCUGGAGCUGAAACCCAAAUCGUACGAGGCCUAUUACGCCCGCGCCCGAGCCAAGAGGAGCAGCAGGUAAAGCUAUUCAUCAGGAGAACUCAACUUUUAGGAGACCAUUGUUAGCAUGAAUUGUGAGAAUAUGGUUCUGUUUUUUCUUUUUUUUUUGCGCUUCUCCAAAAUCCACAUACCUCGUUCUGUAUCUCUCUAUCCCUCCCUAUCUCCAUUCCACCACAGGCAGUUCACGGCGGCCAUGGCUGACCUACACGAAGCAGCCAGGCUGUGUCCCAACAACCGGGAGAUCCGGAGGCUGCUGGCCCGUGUAGAGGAGGAGUGUAUGCAGAUGCAGCGCAGCACCACCCAGGGAAAACCGCAGGGGGCCACGUCCUCGUCCAACCAGGCCCCGGCCAACCACGACUCUGACCACCAACACGAGGAGGGGGAGGAGGAGGUGGUGUCGGAGCAUAGCAUGGCCGUCAGUAGAGGUCUGGAUGGACAGAACACUCUGGGGCUGAAUAAAGUGGAAGGGGAGGGGACUUCUCAGUCUCAACACUCAGAUAGGAGAGGAGAGAGAGGUGAUCCCUGGCCACAGAACAUCUACUCCAUCAAUAGAACUCUGCCUGACACCCUCACCACCCAGCAGCAGCAGCAGCAGCAGAGUACCAGGCCUGGCUCUCCCCCCUCCGGCCCUUCGUGCCCUGGUAGGCUGAGUCACCACUACCCUCCCGGGGAGCCCAGAGAGCCCACCAAGCAGGCCCAGAUAGUCAAAACCAACCAGCACAUGAGCUCCCUGCAGGCAGGAGGCCGCUCCUCGGGGGCCAAGUCCCAGUACGCCCCUUCCAGCCCCCUGCCCAGCCGACACAUGUCCAGCAUGCUGAAGCCAGGGGGUCUGGGCAUCGACAUCAGCCCUCUACCGCCCCCUCCUGAUGAGCCCGUCCACGGGGAGCAGCGCCUGUCCAUGGCUGCUGCCUCCCAGAACAUGGCUAUGGGCCACCACUGCGACAGGGACAGCGAGUCCCUGCACUCUGCCCAGGCCUCCUACUCCUCCCAGGACUGUCUGUCUGCCCACUCAGUGUCCUCCCUGGACGCUCUGACCUCAGGGUCUCCCCAGGACCUCCUCAAUGCUGCAGGGCCAGGCCAGGAGCGAAGGAAGGUGUGUGGGGGUAACGGGGUCUCCCAGGCAGUCUCUCAGGGGGGAGACGGCAACAUCAGGGUGUCCAGCUCCACCAGCUCCCUGGCCUCCAGCAGUAGUCUAUCUGAGAGCGGCAAGCUGCAGGGCCCUGACGUACGUACCAAGACCACCACAGACAAGGCCAAGCAGGGCCAAGGAGGCACAAGCGAGUGGAAACCCAGGCCCUUCAUGGGCAUCAUGGACAAGAAGGCACGCUUUCUUCAGCAGCAGCAGCAGCAGCGGGAACAACUGCAGCAGCAGCAACAACAACUGCAGCAGCAACAGCACCAAAGGCUCCAGAACCACCCAGUCCUACAGACCGCCAACGGAGCCCUCCGCAGCUGGCAGAGUCACUCCUCUGAGGGAUUAGUGUGCCACACCACGUCUGCCAUGGGCCUCCAGGUGGCGGGGGCGAACUGUGAGCUACCUUAUGCCAAAAUAGGGAGCAUUUACCACGAGCAGCUCAAAGCUCCAUCUCAGGGUGCUAUGGGGAGCCUGCAGAACGGAAUGCACUCAAAGGAAUUUGCAGAGAAGUUCUGCCAAGCAGCCACCUGUUACAAGGAAUCCAAGCCAGCUCUGGCCAUGCCGUCGCACGCUUUUGUGGACAGUAGGCCCAAGCAGCCGAGCUUAGCCCGAGAGAAUCCCACCAUU